ACGUCCCGUAAGUGCCGAUGUGAGCCGAACGUAUCUUCUGGCCCCGAAGUGAGCCGCGAGCGCCGUCCGAGUGUCGUCCGUAAGGCCGUAAGGUUGAAGGUUCUGUUGUAUGACAGAAACGGAGCGGGCUGACGAAAACUUACUUUUAAAACCGUUUAUAUUAUUGCCAAACUUCGGGAAUUUGUGUAUAAAUAAGGUGACUACUACACAGCCGGACGUGUGAGUUAAGAUUAUCCGGCUGUAAAUACUACCAUUUCAACGAACUAACAAUAAUAAAGUCAAUACAUAAAGUGUUUCUCAUGAUGGCGCUAUGGCCGCUAAACAAGUAAGGAAAUAAAUCCGCCUUAACCUCAUUUAACUCUUUUGUAAACAAUCUAAACAUUUAGAAAACUGCAGCCAAAUUGUAACAGAAGUAUUCUAUGAACUUUAGAGUUAAUAACUUCAGUGUGAUGCAACAAAACAUGGGAAGUGACUCUUUGUUGACAAAACCACCAAUGAAAAUUGUUGACAAUUAAUUUUGAAAAAUGAGCACCGCAAUGAAUAAUCAUGCAAAAAGUAAUUCAGUUGUAUCAGCUCCAAAUCCCUCAAUAACUAAUUUCCUAUCUAAUAAUGGAAUUAAUAGUCGUGUUAAGCAGGAAAAGCAGGAUGAUCCUGAGAUCAGAGAGUUGGCUGCUAAGUUGGUUGAAGCUAAUAAAGCUAAAAUGGCAGUUCCUCAGAAAAACUCCCCUUCUGGACAACCCCCAGGCAUGAAUAUACUUAACUACUUAGGAAGUGACAAAAAUAAAAACAGUUCCAACAAUCCAUUGGCAAACUCCAUUCAGGAACUGAAGGAAAUAGAUGAAGAAUCCAGUAAAGGUAGAUUUGGAUGGACAUUAAUGGGUAAAACACAUAUACCAUAUAUUAUACGUUCUGGUGAAAAUUAUGUUGCUGUAAGAAUGGUAGAAUUGAAAGUCCUAAAUAAAUGGUUAAACUAUUUGCAUCAAGAUUUGUACAACUGCACAAAUAUAAGAAGUUAUUACAUUACAGAAGCAGAGGCUAGGCUUUUGAAUGAAAUCAAUCUUAAACAUUGCGAUUACCAGUUUGGAAGGGAGCAGUUUACUCAAAGGGACUUAAUAGUAAGACUGGCAGAUUCCAAUGAAUUUUACCAAUUUUUAGGACACUGUUAUCAUAAGUUAGUUAAUAAUGUAGAAAAUGAUAUGCCGAAUCGAUGUGGUUUUAUUCGAAUUAACAGGGAAUCUGUGGUUCCUUAUACUGUAUAUAAUGACCAAAAAUAUGUGCCCUUAUUUUACUUUGAGGGUGAAACGGACAACCUGAAGCAGAGAGCAGAUAAGUUGGAAGGUUGGGACCUCUCAUAUUUAAAGUUUUGUUGUAAGGUGCAGGGCAUUAGGAAUGAAUUGUUUGCACAUGACUCGUGUUCAGUGAUAAGUUUAAAUGAUAUAAAAAACUAUUUUCCCCCUGGAACAAUAUUUGAGGAUUAUUGGCCAAAGAAAAAUUUGGAUUCUACUCAGUUAUUAGUUAGUGGAAGGAACAAUGCUAUGCCUCAAAAUGUGCAUUGGACGAGGCAACCUGCCGCACCUCCGAUGGCAGCACAUCCUCCUCCAAGUCCUAAACCUGCUACACAGGCAAAAGCUGCUUCCAAUGGACCUUUGCAUCAUGUAUAUGCUAAUAACUAUGGCAUUGCAGGUGGUCAGCCAUCUUAUCACUCAGCACAAACCAGAGCAGCUAGUGCAGCAGUGCGAACGACCUACCCGCCAGCGGCUUCCACGAGACAUAUAAGACCGUCAGGAGGUUUCUAUGGAACCUUGUCCCAAGCCCCUCCUCCGCCUUUAGUAAGGAGUGGAACUUAUCACUUUAGCCCUACCUCCUCUUGUGAAAGGAUGGAGGAAAGUUCUUGGAUAAACCAGUAUAACUCCUCCCAGAAAACUCAGGCCACUGCUAACAAUUACAUGGUGGUGGAUCCUCAGAACAAUUACACACAAGCUCAGGGAACUUAUCCUCCUCCUCCUCCAAUGCUGCAACAUAUAAAUGGAACUAUAUCCAGAUAUGAUGUAGCUAACACCUACAGCACCACUCGACCUAUAGAUAUGACGCAAAGCCCGAACCCAUUGAUAAAUCAAAAUCCGGCACACCAAUCGUCGGGUCGGACGCAAACAUCAUCGGACACCAACUUGGUACUUGCUAAUGGCAGGUCAUCCUUAAGCGUUGCAACGGCAACUAAAAACAAGUUAAUAAACUUACCGGAGUGCAGUCCACCUCUAAAUGCGACUAGCAACAUUCCAUAUAAAAUUCAAAAGGCACAAGUGCAAGGAAAAAUGCUUACUUUGAUCAACAUGAAGAGCUACGUCUAUUCGGAGCAUUUAAUAACCUUACAGGACUUGAUUACUAACUUUUUUAAUGGGGUACCUAUGCAGAACUGCCAGCAGGUGCUGCAAGUUCUUGGGAUUGAUGUUUUCAAAGCUAAUCCAAGUCAAGUCCAGGUCCUUCUCGAAAAUAAUAAGUGCUCCUCUAGGAAUGAAACAAUACCGUUAGUUCAAGUGAGAAAUGUGAUAGACUAUAUGCCCCAGUUAAAAUAUAUGUUAAGCAGUAAGGUAGCUGAAGUUCCAGCCAAAAGACAAAGGAACAGCUAGGGUUUAGCCAUAUGGAGGCUACCGUGGAUUGACGAUGAGCCCCCUCCCAACAGAAAUUUAUUUACUAACGUUGAUUAUACUCCUUUUACCAUGCCUGACAAUUUAUUUUUUGGGAAAGUUGGAAUUUUAACUUAUGUCGACUCUCUAGUUCAAAAGACAUUUUAUAAUUGUUCAUUUCAAAGAUAUAAGAGUAAUUUAAAAGAAGUAUACAUUAAGCAAGAUUCUUUUGUAGUUAUAUUUGUGGCCUCUUUUGUAAUUUCCUUUAAACAUAUGAAUCAAAUGGCUGAUUUACUGAUGGGGUUCACAUAUAUUAUUGUCAAAGCUAUAGAUCAAAUGAACAUAAAUCUAUCAUUGUAAAAUUGAUGUUAGUAACGUGAUUGGUAUAGAUUUAAAAAAAAACAGUAAUAAAAUCCAAAAUUAAGCUAUUCCUAUUACAAUCUUAAUUGAAACAAAACCGAAAAUACGUUUUGCUAGGCCAAAAUUACAUUUAAAUAUAUUGUAAAAUAUGUUCGUAAUUAUAGGUUGGAUUAUGUAGCAAUUAAUAAUUUUCAAAAAAACUAUAUAGAUUUAACAGUUUCAAUAUUAUUUAUAUAAAAUUGUUCAGGCUUGUCUCCAAACUUUUUAUUAAGUUUGUUUAACUUCUUAUAAUAUUAUUUGUGUUUGAUAGAAUGUCCGUUAAUAAAUUUUUAAUUUCUUUAAAAUAGACCCAAACCAAUUAUAAUUUCGCACUAAAUUGAUUAAAAUUUAAAGAAUGGUUUAAGCAAUUUUAAUUUCUGUGUUAGAUAAACAGAAGCACUAAUGGAACAGAAUUUUGAGAAAGGAAUAACCUAUAGGAGAACUUGUAUAGCGUUUAUUUUUUUAGAUAAAAACAUAAAAUUGACAACAGUUGAUUUUUAAGUCACUAUAAAAAGAAUUACACCUUUAAUUAAUUUCUCACAAUGUUGAUUUAGAAGUCUAUCGAGUUAAGUUAUUUUUGGGUCAAAAUAUGUUAAAACUUUUUUUAAGGCGUAAUGGAUGAUUCAUAUUCCAAUUAUAUAUAUUAGUAAUAUAUUUAAUUGGAAUUUUUAAUUAGGUCUGUUGAUGCAUAUUUAUGUCAACAACUUAUAGGUGGGGACUAAUUUAUAGAAAUACUAUAUUUUCCAUGAAAAUCAAUAAUCAAAAUUAAAUAAUAAAAUUGAAUCUGCAUAAAUAAAAAUGCUACAGAUUGUUAUUUUAGUUCACUCUUCAGGGAUAUAAAGAGAGAAACCUAGUUGGAAUUGACAAAUAAUUAUUAAAAAAAAAAUUAAGCCACAGCUAGAAUAGAAAAAACAUUUUUGGUGUGUCAAACAUAUUACCGCAUUAAUUGACAAGAUAAUACUUUUAUUUCGCAUAAGUUUAAGCGAUUUUAUUAGCAGCUAUUCGAAUGCUUCACUAUCCACGAUAUGGUUCGCAACACACCACAGCAGUAUCAACAAUUUUUAAUAAAGUUAAAACUAGGCAUUUUCUAUCUAUAUAAAUAAAAAAAAACUUGUAGGUAAUAUUAACUUACAGUUAAAUUAAAUACUAACAACAUAAGCAUCGCCCUUAAUAUUGUGAAGGAAGAUGCAAAAAUAAAAUCCCAUAAGAACUUUUUGUAAUUUUUACACAUACACAGUCUCCUAAUGGCCUUAGCAAAAUUAGUUCUUUCGGUCUAUCUAGAGGUACCAUGGAAAAGAGAAACUUGUAGAAAAUACUUCCAGAUUCAGUACAGCUUAAAGAUCUAUAGAAAUCUUUAUGCUAAAUUGAAUAGCUGCAUAAAAUUCUAACUUGAACACACCAGGUAAACUAAGAGAGGUAAAUUUCUGUUGGUAAAUGGACAAUUGAAAUGUUUAAAAAGUUUGUUCCUAUAUGUUUAAAAGCGAGUAUGAACUGGAUUAAAAAGGUACAGCAUCUUGUAAUAUAAACAUGUUUUAUAGUUUUACAGUUAGUAAGAACUUCGCAUAUUGUGAAAUUUCUUCAUGUUAAAAGUUACGGAUAUUUUAAUUUAAAUUGAUUAUUUGCUGUGGUAUUUAUUCCAUUACCAAUUAAUAUUCUAAUUUAAUGUAUUCGUUUUAUCAUUACUAUCUGAUAAACGUUUUAUUUUGUGAAUUGUUCUGUAUUGCCGAUUGAUGUUCCGCCAUUAAUUUAGUGGAAAAUACUCAGGGUGUUUGAUAAAUUAAAAUCUUAAGGAGGAUACAACUUACGCAAAGAAAAAAUACAUUAAUAGAUUAUUUAAGCAAGUAUUGGAUUUAAAUUGAUGUGUAUAUAUUUUAAAAAAAAUUUUUCAAAACACUUAUAGAUCAUCAUUGCUUCAUAAAGAAGGAUUUACCAAAAAGAGAUUAUCGGAGUCGCGGUUUCACAAAAUAACCGUAACAAUUUAUGAUACUUUUGGUUUUCGUCAAACAAAUAUGCUGCAUAUUGUUGCUUCAUCUAUAAAAAAAUUUAAAUUUAAUAUCAUUAAAAAGAAAUAAAAUACAAAUUUCCGGCUUCACCGUCGAAUUCAAACAUCCUGUGUAUUUUAUAAGUUUUGAUUCGAAUCUCACAGUUCUCUGCAUUUUGUUCUAUUACUAGGUUUGAGGCAUUUGUAUAGUUAAUUUAAACUAUAAUAUCUGUCCAUAGCAUCAUUUAUCAUAUUAUUUAUUUUAGAAAUACAUUGUAAACUAGUUUACUGUUAAACGAAUGAAAAAAAAAUGUCCCGGGUUGGUGUAAACUGCAAUGUAAUUAGUGGUGUUUUGAGUUAUUAAAUUUAAAUUUUUCUAUUU